UACACGAUCACACUGUGUGACAAACAUGGUGUGAUGAGAAAAAAAAUUGCUUUCGUUUAAACGGUCACACAUGUUGUCAUACUUAAUUUCUCUGUUAUUUGUGAACGAAGCAACAUGGCACGCGCAUUGGUUGCAGCACUUGUAUUUGACAUUUUAGAAGAAGACGAAAUAGAACAAAAAAAAAGCAAAAAAGACAGAGAAAAACUUGGGAACUUGAACAGUCCAGCCCGGCGGACUACAAAAAUUUUCUCCGAAUGGAUCCUUCUGUAUAUAAGGAACUUUUGGAAAAAGUAACACCUUAUAUAGAAAAACAAAACACUCUUAUGCGAGACGCAAUUUCGCCUGAUGAACGUCUCUCUGUAACAUUGAGGUAUUUGGCAACUGGAGAGAGCUAUGAAAGUUUGAAAUUCCAGUCGUAUAUUUCAACUGCAAGUUUAAGCAACAUAAUUAUUGAGACAUGUGAAGCGUUGAUUAAAGUUCUUAAAGAUUUUAUUUCAUUACCGAAAAGUGAAGAAGAAUGGAAAACGAUAGCUUCUGAAUUUUAUGAACUGUGGAAUUUCCCGAAUUGCCUUGGCGCUGUCGAUGGAAAACAUGUAAACAUUACGAAACCACCGCACUCUGGAGCAUACUAUUUCAACUAUAAGAAGACUUACAGUAUUGUUUUGAUGGCCAUAGUCAAUGCAAAAUAUCAAUUUAUAAUGGUUGAAGCUGGAGCAAACGGAAGAGUGUCUGAUGGUGGUGUUUUGGGAAAUACGACAUUUUCGGCUAUGUAUAAUGACGGAAAAUUGAAAAUACCUCCCCCAACAAAGCCGCCUGGUUUUGAAAAGGAGCUGCCGUUUGUUUUUGUAGCAGAUGACGCUUUUGCACAAAAUGAACAUUUUAUAAAACCCUAUAGCCAAAGUGGUCUAACUCAGCAUCAACAACAAUAUAACUAUCGUCUGUCACGGGCAAGAAGGGUGGUUGAAAACGCGUUUGGAAUUAUAUCUUCCAGAUUCAGAAUACUGCUGACUACAAUACAUUUAUCUCCCGAAAAGGCAUCAAAAAUUGUUUUAGCAAUUUGCUAUUUACAUAACUUUUUAAGCACAAAAAGUACUGAAUCUUAUCUUCGAAUGAUAAAUGAUAUAGGUGAAAGGUCGGAACCUGCUUUGAUGCAAAUAGAAAAAACCAAAAAUCGGAAUAGUACUACCAACGCCAAGGAAAUUCGAAACUCAUUUUGUGAAUACUUUAAUGGUGUCGGAUCAAUGUAAUAUAAUUUCAAAUUUCUUUUUAUAAAUAAAAAUAUAUGCAUAAAUAAA